CCACUUUCCCAGCAGAAAUUGCUAACAUGGCUGAGUGUUCUCGAAUGCCUGGAGGUCUUUGCCGAGAUGGGAGCUGCCAAGGUGUGGGGUGAGAAUGGCCGGUGGGCCACUAUUGUCCUCAUCCAGUUAACCAAAGCCAUUUUGCGCCUCCUGCUCUUGCUCUGGUACAAAGCUGGCAUCCAGACCUCUCCUCCCAUUGUACCACUAGACAGGAGGGAAUCACUGUAUGAGAAAGCCCUGGAAGCCAGCUUAGUAGGAAAAGAACAGAUCUUCGUGGGGAAGCGCAGUAGUCGUGUAGUGAGGUCUCUCGAAAGCACCCCUACCCUGCACUCUAGACAUUGGGGUGAGCCUCAGCAACGUGAGGAAAAGCAGAACCAAAGAGCAAUGGAGAGCAACCAACCAUCAACACCUUUGGGCUCCCAGGAGACACUUGCUGAGUCUAUCUUCGUUACCCGUCCAUUAUUGCACUUAUUGAGUUUAGCCGUGUGGGGACAAAAAUCUUGGAAACCCUGGCUUCUAUCAGGCAUUUUGGAUAUUGCAAGCUUGAGUUUACUGAGUGAUAAGAAGGAUCUCAACAAACGUGAACGAAUGGAGCUGAAACGCCGGACUAUCCUGCUACUGUAUUACCUAUUAAGAUCCCCCUUCUAUGACAGAUACUCUGAGGGUAGGAUCCUCUUUCUUCUGCGCUUGUUGGCAGAUUAUGUCCCUGGUGUCGGCCUAGUGACUCGACCUUUGAUGGAUUACUUGCCAGCCUGGCAGAAAAUUUAUUUCUAUAAUUGGGGCUGAUCUGGCUUCGGCUUGAACUACUGCAACCAGAGAAGAUUCGAGCUGAAAGCUUGUGCUGACAGAAUGACUUUAUACAGAGGAAAACAAUCAUGAGACUUUGGGGAAUGCGGGGGCGGGGAAGCAGCAGCACAUCUCACUGUGACUUGUUAUUAAUGGUUUGAGAGAGAAGAAUAAGGCUUUUUAUUUUUUAUUUUAAAAUGCCUUCCCGUCAGUACUACAAAGGCGGCUUAAAACGUGUAUGCUGUUUCCUUCCUAUUUGGUAAUAACUGGUUUCAGAGCAUGGGACUUGGGUUUGGGAGGGGUGCGGAACUCUUUUUUGUAAGCAUUUUGUACAGUUGUGGAUUAAUAAAGCCAGGGGACUGCGGUGCCUUUGGGCUAA